AUGAGACACUUUAGGAUAUCUUCUAUCUGUCGGGAGUUAUCAAAAAGACUUUGUCGUAAACAGGGUUCAUCAGAUAUGGGGAACAUUUUGAAAUACUCUUCGUCUAACCAGUCAAAGAGUGAACAAAAUUCUAACAUUGGCUGUACAACUCUGGGCAUAGUUUGGAAAAGAAUUAAACAAAAAUCAUUCAUAUUAAUCUCUCCUAGAAUGUGA